GAAGCAUUCAUACAAAACAGGAAGUGGGCAGCUUGACUGACUCCAUUUUCUAGCUAGCGUUUAGUUUUUCGUUGUUUUAUAUUUUACCAUUAACGGACUCUUUUUAUCCGUCUUCAUUUCUUGUUAGAUUGAAAACAGAAACUAGAAAUCAAGAUGGGAGGCGGAGAUCUGAAUUUAAAAAAGAGCUGGCACCCCCAGACGAUGAAAAACAUAGAGCGGGUUUGGAAAGCUGAGCAGAAAUAUGAUGCAGAACGCAAGAAGAUUGAGGAGCUCCAGAAGGAGCUGAAGGAAGAACGAGCCCGAGAAGAAAUUACCAGAUAUGCAGAGGAAACAGGAGCCAUCAAGAAAAAAGAUGAUCGUCUUGACUGGAUGUACCAAGGUCCCGCUGGUCAGGUGUCCAGGGAUGAGUACCUGCUGGGGCGCCCCAUUGACAAGCAGAUCACAGAUCAGUACGAGGAGCCGGAGAGCGGCCCAUCAGCUGAGACCGGCCUCCUUCCGGGGUCAAUAUUCAAACCUGCCACCCCGGCUUCUGGCCUCGAUCUAGCAGCCAAGAUCAGGGAAGACCCCCUGUUCCAAAUCCGGAAGCGGGAAGAAGAAAAGAAGAGAGAAGUUUUGACUAAUCCUGUAAAGAUGAAGAAAAUAAAGGAGAUGUUGCGCCAAAAUCUUGACAAAAAAGAUAAGAAAAAGAAGAGGAAGAAGGAAAAAAAAGAGAAAAGAGGAGAUAAGGACAGGAAAAAGGAAAAGAAGCAUAAGAGGAGAAGUUCAAGUUUAAGCUCAGAAGAAGGCGAAAAACACAGGUCACACUUUCGGGAUGAAUCUAAAGAUGGCAAAUCCCGUUCACACCAUGUUCCAGGAUAUGGUCUCCAGCUUCCAAGCAGUAGACAUCAGCAGGCUUCAGCGACGUCAGGUCACUCAGGGCGCCGAGACAGAAGCCGCUCACGAUCUCCCCACAGGAACCACAAAGACAGUCGCUCUUACUCUUCCUCCUCUCACAGAGCUGACAAGAAGGCGGAGGCGAAAGAUGCCAGCCCACAGAGUGAGCAUUACCAAAGGCUGAGGAACCACGUGUCAAAGAAGCUUUCUGUGGAGGAACUGGAACGAAAGAGGCGUGAGAUGAUGGAGCAGGCUAAACAGCGGGAGGAGGACAGGGAAAAUAAUGUGAAACGAUACAAGAGGCAAGAUGAGCAAGAUAAGCAGAGGGAGAAGAACGCCAAGCACAACCGACAUGCUGGCUUUAUCCAUAACAUGAAGCUGGAAAGUGCUGCCAGCUCGUCUUUGGAAGACAGAGUAAAGAGGAAUAUCCACUCCAUUCAGAGGACACCGGCAUCCUUGGACAACUUCAUGAAGAGAUAAUUAUAGCAAAUUAGUUUAUGUAGUGACAACAAACAUGUUUUAAGACUGCGCCUUAUAUCCCAAUGUCUGUCGUUUUAUGUACAGAUUGAGACAAAAAGAUAAUGUGGGUGCAGUCUGUUAAAUGGAGAGCACAAAACUCCUUCCUAAGGCUUUUAUUCUGAAAAGCUCAUGCUACAGGAGGAAAAGCUUCUCAUUGUUCUGGCUGAUUUAUUGAAAGCAACAUUGAUGAGUAGUACCUUUGUACAGUAUAUUGUAAAUUAUUUUUAAUAGACUAAAUUGAUCUGCUCUAUUCCUAACAUUUUUGUUUUGUAUCAUGGUUAUGUACCACUGUAAGUAGCAAGUGUUUAAAAAUGGAACGUUUA